UAGAAAUUCGAGUACGACACAAGCGGUCCAGGAGGCAGGAGGAGAGAGGAUAAAAACUGAAAGACCUCAAGAUCGAAAGACCUCUAGGAUCCACGAACACGGGGGGCUCGGGUUUUUGAUCUUCUACCGUUGUCCAGGUAUGCAGGGAGGUUUUAUUUCAAUUUAUCUAAGAAAGCAGUGAUUGAACCAUUCAUGGGCUAGAUCAGUUCUAUGGAUUGGAUGGUAUGAAUGGCUUAUGGGUGACUUGAACUGCUGAUUGGGCUGUGGCUUGUGGCCUGUGGAUCAUCUGUUGUGACAAAGCUAUACAACAUAUAAAGUUUUAGCUGAUGGAAUUAAAUACAGAUCCUGAUGAUGAGCUAAUGGCCAAGAGAUUUGUAGCAGAAAAAAUGCAAAUUGAUCCAAAAAGAGCUCGUUUUCCCUUCUGUAUUGUCUGGACACCCCUUCCUGUCAUUUCAUGGUUCCUACCUUUCAUUGGCCACAUUGGCAUCUGCCGAGAGGAUGGGGUCAUCUUGGACUUUGCAGGACCCAAUUUUGUAUGUGUGGACAACUUCACAUUUGGGGCACCCGCCCGCUACAUCCAGUUGAACAGAGAAGAGCAGUGCUGUGUUUCUCCUUUUACCGAUCCUGAAAUUCCUGAAAGAUAUGGACAUGAGAUGACGACAUGGGACGAUGCGCUACGGAAGAGCACACAGGAAUUCCAACACCAUUCAUACAACCUGUUUACCUGCAAUUGCCACUCCUUUGUUGCAAACAAUCUUAAUAGAUUGGGAUAUGGUGGCACUAGCAGGUGGAAUGUGGUGAACCUGGCAACAUUUAUCUUUCUCAAGGGACAUUGGGUGAGUAAAGGAGCUAUUGUGAGAUCUUUUUUACCAUCUGUUCUAGUUCUUGGCCUAGGUAUCAAGUUUGGUGGUUGGACCUUUCUCACUGUGUUGGCGUCCUUUGCUUUCAUUCUUGUUGGUUGGUUUCUUCUUGGCACAUAUUGCUUCAAGGGUCUGAUCCAAUUGUAGCUUUUCCCUGAUAUGAAUGUAAAUCCUGGUGCUUUGAAAAGAUGACAGUUGUAUUAUGACACUUGUGCAAUGAUUGUUCAACAAAUUAAGUUCAACAAA